CGGUUAUACCACAAUGGGUCGCUUUGGUCUUUUGUCCCUGGCUCUCCUUUCUGUCCAGGCCUUGAUUGGCGGCAGUCUCGCGGCGGAUGCCGUUGAGAAGGAGGAAGUUACUGAGACCCCAUUGCUUGCUGUGUCGGCCCACGCCUCCUUCCCUGCUUCCGAGAUCUUUGGCGUCAAGCUCGUCAAUGGCUACCCCACGGAGGCGCUGGUUACCUUCAACAACGAGGAGGAUGCUCCCGUGACGGUGGCCUUCAUUGGAGGCACCCUGUCGGCUGUGGAAGAAGACAAGAGCCAGAUUGUUCGCAACCUGACUACCCACCGUUACAGCAUUGAGAUCCCGGCCGGUCAGCAGGAGAGCGUCAGCUACAGUUUCGCCACCGAAAUGCACCCCCAGGACCUGCUGCUCACUCUCGCUUCGGUCAUUUCGGACAGCCAGGGCAACGUCUUCACUCUUUACGCUUACAAUGGCACCGUCAGCGUCGUGGAACCGGAAACCAGCAUCUUUGACCCUCAGAUCCUCUUCCUGUACUUCUUCCUCUUGGCUUGCUUCUCCGGAGUCGUCUACUUCUUCUACACCGUCUGGAUCGCGCCUUACUUCCCCCAGAAGCGCCGUUCCACCAAGGGCCCCGAGAACAAGAAGUCGUCUGGUGCCUCCAAGAAGGAGGCUCCCGUUGAGGCUCCCAGCAGCCCUGCCGUUUCGUCUGCUACUACCUACAACGCGGAGUGGAUCCCCGCCCACCACAUCAACCGUCCUGAGGCCAGGAAGGUUAAGGGUGGCGCGAAGUCUAAGAGCCGUGCCUAGACGGCUUUGCGGUGGCGAAUUGAUGGGUGAUUUUUGAGGAGACAUAGGGAAGGGCUUGUUAGUCGGAGGGAACCUUGAUUGGUUCUCUCAGCGACUCCGAAGUAAGGUUAGCGGACGAAGGAAAAAGGUCACUGAAAAUGUGACCGGCCCGGAGUUGUUGCUGCCUUGGAUUUGCGUGUACAUUUACGUCAAAUUGAUAUUGGUAAUCGAAGCUCUCGCAGCUCAGCCUCGAGGAGACCGCUUUUUCGGAAGCCCACAUUACUCCAUCAAAUGGCAAAUGAAGCUUGACAGAAGUAGCAGACACGUGCUCCUCUAGCUCAUAGUCACCCAUACACUGCACAUCACAGCCGUCGCCACUCGUUGAAUUCCGCCUCUAAAUGUAGCUUCAACUCGGAGAAUCUGUUUCCAAACCCCUUUCCACAGCGCCAGCAGACAAAGUCUCGCCGCAGGUAACCUUCCCUGUCCGGAUCCCUCCG